AAUUUGGUGUUGCCUGUGGCCUUGGUUCUGCCGAGAUGCUUCAAACGUUAAUUAAGAAAGUCUGGGUCCCCAUGAAACCCUACUAUACCCAGGUUUACCAGGAAAUUUGGGUAGGAGUGGGGUUAAUGAGCCUCAUCGUUUAUAAAAUCAGGAGUGCUGAUAAGAGGAGUAAAGCUCUGAAAGGCUCCAGUCCUGCACCUGCCCAUGGCCAUCACUGACUGCUCCCUGAGUCCACUCAAGAUGAACACGUCAGCUGAACUGAAGCCAGCUGUGUUAGAUGGGAACACGGAACAUCGCUGUCCACACACCUAGUACUAUUUACAAUGUGGCAUUAAUAAAUGUGUCUGAGAA